AUGGCAGUAAGUCUUCUAAAUGGGAGAGAUUUAGACAUAGAGCAGGAGGUUGCAAAAGCCAGCAAAGAGACUACGCCAUCCACUCCAAUUCCACUAGAGGGUCAAGACGAAAAGGGUAAGGCUAAGGUAAAUGAACAAGCUGCAGAACAGGUGGUGCCUCUUGUGCCACAGAACCCUAACAGAGAGAAGCCAGCAAACAGUGCACAAAGGGUGAUACCUACACCAUUCUCUCAGAGACUGGUAAAACAAAAGAAGGAAGAUCAAUACAAGAAAUUCAUGGAGAUGCUGUGUCAAAUUCAGUUGAAUAUUCCUUUGAUGGAUGCCUUGAGGGAGAUGCCAGGUUAUGCAAAGAUGAUGAAAGACCUAAUGUCAUGGAAGUUUGAUUUUCAGGACCUAUCCACAGUGACUCUGAUGCAGACCUGCAGCGCAGUAGUGACCAAACCGAUAGCUCAAAAGAUGUCAGGCCCAGGUAGUUUCACUAUUCCAUGCACGAUUGGGAGUUAUGCCUUUGCAAAGGCAUUAUGUGAUUUGGGAGCCAGCAUAAAUUUGAUGUCUCUGGCUGUAUACACCAAACUGGGCAUUGGCAGAGCUAGACUGACUUUGAUGCUGCUGCAGAUGGCUGACCGCGUAGUAAAAAGGCCUACUGGGAUUCUUGAUGAUGUGUUGGUGCAAGUGAGGAAGUUCGUGUUCCCUGCAGACUUUGUUAUUCUGGACUGUCAGCAAUCUAUGAGGAGACCCAGUGAAUAUGCUAAUUUCUCUCUAGUGGAGGCAGUGGAUGUGAUCCUGCAAGAAGAUGGUGUGACCCUAACUGCUAAAUAUCCAUUGGAGGCAUGUCUGACAAAUUUAGAAGAGAUGGAUGGUGAAGAGUUAGUUGAUUGGGUCAUGGCACUUGAAGGCCAAAGAUUCUAG